CCGCCUCCUCAUCCACUUAUCCCCUGUGCUUGUUAUUCUCACUGUGUUUCUAUAAUUGUCGUCAAUUGGGACCGUUCACGCUAGGACGGGUGAAGCUCUCGGCGACUCAUGCUACAGAGUUGGCGGCAAGCCUGCUUGAAAGUAUUCGACCGCCACCAGAAGCACAUUGCCCGACCAUGCCUAGUUCGGUACGAGGGGAAGAGCUUCACAACAACGGUCGUUUGCUAUGCAGCUCCAAAGGCAACACCUGCCAAGGCAGCCAUUAGGAUGGAAGAUUAUCCUUGUGAGGUCAUAAGGAAUUUCUCCAUUAUAGCCCAUAUUGACCAUGGCAAGUCUACUCUGGCGGAUCGGCUAUUGGAGUUAACGAACACGAUUACCAAGAAAGAUAAGGGCCUCAAUCAGCAGGUCCUAGACAAAUUGAAGGUCGAGCGCGAACGCGGAAUCACAGUCAAAGCGCAGACAGCCAGCAUGUUCCAUGAGAAGGAUGGGACAAAUUACCUCCUGAAUCUGAUUGACACACCGGGCCACGUCGACUUCUCGUGGGAGGUCGCUCGUUCUCUUGCUGCGUGCCAGGGAGCACUGCUCCUCGUCGAUGCGUCACAAGGCGUCCAGGCCCAGUCAAUAUCCGUGUUCCACGUUGCGCGGGAGAAGGGACUUACUAUCAUUCCUGUGCUCAAUAAGAUUGAUCUCCCCGCAGCCCAGCCGGAGAUUGUUGCGCUACAAAUGCAAUCAACGUUCGGGCUCGAUCCCUCCGACGUCAUCCAGAUAUCCGCGAAGACCGGAAAAGGGGUCGAGAAGGUGCUGCAAGCUAUAGUCAAUCGGAUCCCACCUCCCGUCGGCGACCCGUCCGCUCCCUUGAAGGGCUUCCUUUUCGACUCAUCGUACGAUCGUUAUCGAGGUGUCAUCUCCUUAAUGAGCAUCCAGGGGGGCGUACUCCGGAAAGGGGAUAGGAUAGCCUCAUGUCAUACGCGGAAAAAGUACGAGGUUGCAGAACUAGGGAUCAUGUACCCAGAGGAGGUGCUUACGGACUGCUUGCGACCGGGCCAAGUCGGUUUCGUCGCGUGCAGUAUGAAAGAGUCCGGAGAAGCUCACAUAGGCGAUACCUUCCAUUGCGUGGGUCAACCAGUAGAGCCUAUGCCCGGCUUCAAGCCAGCUAAAGCAAUGGUUUACGCAGGAAUUUACCCAGUAGACAGCAGCGACUUCCUGAAGCUAGAAGAGUCCAUCAAGAGACUCAGCCUUACUGAUCGCAGCGUCGAAGUCACACGCGAAACCUCGUCCGCCCUCGGGCAGGGCUGCCGCCUGGGAUUCCUCGGGACCCUACACAUGGACGUCUUCCGCCAACGCCUCGAGGACGAGUACGAUGCAAACGUCAUCAUCACCGCGCCCACCGUGCCCUACCAAAUUGUUCAUAGGGACGGGAGAACGUCGCUCAUUAGCAAUCCCACCGAAUUCCCAGACCCCUCCGAGUUCGCCAGCGGCGGCCGAGUGAAGGACGUCCUCGAACCGAUCGUGAAGGCCUCCAUCAUCGUUCCAGAAAAGUACUUCAGUGCAAUGAUGGACUUGUGCUUCGAGCACCGUGGGACGGACCUCGACUGGCAGUCCAUGGAGGCUCCGGGGCAGGCCGACGGGGGCGAGGCGAUGUCCAAUCGAGUGCUCAUGAGCGUCACACUGCCCCUGGCCGAGAUUGUGACGGGCUUCUUCGACAAGCUCAAGAGCCGCAGCUCUGGCUUCGCCAGCUUCGAUUAUGAGGAUGCGGGAUACCAGAAAAGCGACCUGCGCAAGAUGACAUUUCUGCUCAAUCACAAACCCGUUGACGCUCUCGCAUUGAUCGUCCAUGCGAAGGCUGUCGAUGAGACCGGUAGAUACUGGGUGGAGAAGCUUUUCAAGAUCAUACCACGACAGCUGUUCGAGGUCCCGAUCCAGGCCGCAGUUGGGAACACUAUCAUCGCACGAAGGACUCUUUCAGCCUUGCGGGCAGAUGUUACCGCUGGUCUCUACGGUGGUCAUUACGAGCGCAAGCUCAAGCAUCUCCAGAAUCAAAAGGAAUCGAAGCGCAAGAUGAAGCGGGUUGGGCGCAUCGACCUGCCACAAGAAGCGUUCUUCGACCUGCUAAGUUCAAAGUAACGCUGAACGACUCGCAUACUUCCACUGCUGACUCCUUGGCGGCCUCGUCGUCCCGCGAGCCCCAAAGUCCCGAGCGGGAUCGCGAAGUUGCAAGUCAUGGUCGAUCGCAGCCGCCCUACAUCAGUAGUGGCUAUAAAUCAUAAACUUGCCGCUGGAUACCAUUAGCUGUAAGAAGUCCGUUCGUCUCCAUAUGCCUGCUGCGCGAUUCGGAAUGGCGUAUUUUGACAAUAACAUUCCCACACGACGGGCAUUCGUCAAAUCUUACAGAAAUAGAUGCUCGAGAAUAAAAAGGCAAUGUG